AGUCUGUUCAGCCUGAGUCUUUUCUUUCUCCCUUCACGCUCCUUGAGUCUUUCGUACUCCGACACUCGUUCUCUUAUUCGUUCAGUCAUUCGUUAUUCAUAAUGUAUUCUUCGUCACUCCUUGUAUCGACACUUGCCCUUGCAUUGUCAGCCGUUCCGGCUGUCCAAAGCCGUCAUGCCCCCGGCCUUCAUCCUCAUCGUCACCUCGCACCAAGGGAAACAUAUCCCCAAUGGUGUCUCAAAGAUGGCUACACAGGAAAGGAUGUAUUCAAUUACUUCAACUUUUUCACCGGCCCGGAUCCAACCAAUGGUUUCGUUGAGUAUGUCGAUAAGGAAACCGCUGAGAAGGAGGGCUUGGUGAAAACCAUCGGGGAUGCUGCGUAUUUUGGUGUCGAUUCCGACACGGUUCUUACCGGUCCGAGCGCCAGUCAGAAACUCCGUCGGCAACAGAGUGUCGGCCGGAAGAGUAUCCGCGUCCAGGGAAUCAAGACAAUCGAUGAGGGACUUGUCAUCGUGGAUGUCGCGCAUAUGCCCGGCGCUGCCUGUGGUACCUGGCCGGCACUCUGGACGAUGGGAGAAGGCGAAUGGCCGAAAAAUGGCGAGAUCGAUAUCGUCGAGGGCAUCAAUCUCAACUCCGCGAACCGCAUGGUGCUCCACACCGAGGCCAAGUGCGACAUUUCCAACGCCGAUGCCACUGGCACCCUCAUCAAUCCUCAAUGUGCCGUGAGCGCUGGGACGGAAGGUUGCGCUGUGGAGGAUCAACGUCCCACCUCGUUUGGAACCGGGUUUAACGCAAACGGAGGCGGUGUCUACGCGCUGCUGUGGACCGACGAUGCUAUCAAAAUGUGGUUCUUCCCUCGCGGCAGUGUUCCUUCGAGCAUCACCGAGAAAAUGCCCCACCCAGAGGAGUUCGGACCACCCGCCGCGAACUUCGAAGGCGACUGCGAUAUCCCCUCCGCCUUCGGGGCGCAACGCCUGAUCCUCAACACCGAUUUCUGUGGCGACUGGGCCGGCAACGCAUGGGAAGCGUCGGGCUGCCCCAUGACUCCAGGCCUCGACCAGAUUUACUCUUGCGUGAAAUAUGUCGCGGAAAACCCGCUGGCCUUCAAGGAAUCGUAGGUACUGGCUGAUCAACUCCAUCCGGGUCUAUAACACCACCCCCAAACCCUCGA